CCACUGUCAAACUCCUCAUCUGUAACUUUACCUCGUUGACUGGACAACACGGCCAAGGAACGACAUGCCAGGCAACGAAAGCGCAGCGAGCAUCGAGGAAGCUCGCGUGGAGAUCGACGAGCGCACCGCGCUUCUUCCGAACCGUUGUGAUGAUCCGGACCGCGACGGUAGUGGUGGUGGUAGUGGUAGUGGUCGCUUGAAGACGCAGAACCCAGAGGCCGCCGAGGAGGAGAAUGCGCUCGUCCGGAAGCUGGAUGGGCGCAUUGUGCCGCUGGCGUGUCUGUUGUACCUGUGCGCCUACCUCGACCGCUCGAACCUCGGCAACGCGCGUUUGCAGGGGCUCCCCGAAGACGUGCUCGGGGGCGACCCGACCGGCGAGCUAUUCGACUGGGUGUACGCUUCCUUCUUCAUCACCUACAUCGCACUGCAGGUGCCGUGCACGGUGUUCUCGAAGUACUACGACCCGCGCCUGUGGAUCUCGCUCUCAGCUAUCUUGUGGGGGACGUGUUCGACACUGAUGUCCACAGCCCAGAGCUUUUCCGGCCUUCUCGUCGCCCGCCUCGCUCUGGGCGUCUUCGAAGCGGCGUUUGGGCCCGCUGUCGUUCUCUACGUCUCAUUCUGGUACACCAAAGCCGAAUACGCAACGCGCGUCGCGUACUGGUUUGGUUUCGCCGCCGUCGCCGGCGCGUUCAGCGGGCUCAUCGCGUACGGGAUCGAGCACCUUCCCAAUGCGCCCGUGUCGAAUUGGCGGAUUUUGUUUUUCAUCGAGGGCAUCCCGACGGUCGUCCUUGGCUUCGCGUGCUUCUGGCUUCUGCCGGGGCGGCCGGACGAGCCUGCGGGGCGGUUUCUGACGCACGGCGAGCGCAAGCUGGCGAUGGAGAGGAUGGACCGCGGGACGAGUGGGGAUCGCGGCAAGACCGUCAACCGCAAACACGUCGUGGCCGCGUUCACCGACUGGCGCGUGUACACCGCGGGCGUCAUCUACUUUGGGCUGAACGCGGCGCUCGCGAGCACGUCGGCGUUUUUGCCGACGAUUAUCGAGACCAUGGGUCAUCAGGAAGCUCAGGCGCAGCUGAUGACCGUUCCGCCGUACGCCUGUGCUGGUGCAGUGCUCAUCCUCGGCUCUGCCGCCUCGGAUCGGUGGCAGACGCGCGGGGCGCUCGUGACGGGGGCGUGUGUGCUUGGUGGGGUUGGGUACAUAUUACUCCUGAACUCGCUAAACAACACCGUGCGCUACCUCGCGACGUUCUGCAUCACGAGCGGGACGUACACGAGCAUCGGGCUCGUCAUCGCGUGGUUCACGCACAACCUCGGCUCCGAAUCUAAACGCGCUGCUGGAGUGCCACUCUUCGGAGCUAUCGGCCAGUGUGGUGCGGUGCUCGGCUCGCAUCUCUAUCCUCUCACUGAAGGGCCUUACUAUGUCCGAGGGUUCACCACCACGGGUGCACUGCUCUUCGUUGCCGCCGCGUGCGCCUUCAUCCUGAGCACCUCCUUCCGCACUGAAAACAAAAGACGCAACGAAAUGUAUGGAAUCCCCGACCCAGAUGCCCGUGUUGAUACCUCCGAACUGGCUGACAAGGCUCCUGAGUUCCGCUACAUACCAUGAACGGCCAUGACGAGUUUCACGACGGCGACCACGAAUGACAAUAACGAAUUCACGACGGCGAUCACUGAGCGCGCUGCGCACCCUCUUUUUCUUUCUCCACUCUGGCUGUAGUCACUCGACACACUGGCCCCACAAAAAUACCGCUCUGCUUGCACGGCGGUUAUCCGCCGUGCGUUCAUCGGCCGUCCCUCAAAAGGACUUGAUACUCAAAAUGGGCCUCUGGAUCUUCUCCGGAUGUGUUUCGUAGACACGUAUACCGUACCUGCCCUGCAUGUCAAUAC